AUGGCGUCGGAGCCGUUCAUUGACUACAAACCAGCAUGGGAGGUGUUAGCUGGAGAGGAGGGGAGCGUCGAGUCAGCCUCGGAUUCGGCGACUGAAAAGAGCCCCAUAAAGCCUCCGAAGGGUGGAGCAGGUGGAUCCAAAUACAAAGCUCAAGACAGCAGAGACAAACAUCAGACACACGAUGCACUAAAGCUGCGCUCCAUUGCUGUGGUCAAUGUGUCGUCUGCACUUGACGGUUGCGACGACCAGCUGCUCCCUGCGACAUUCAGGGCUCUGGAGAGUGACUUAGGCUUUCACCCUUCUCUCUUGGGCUACAUUACUCUCUCUCAGACCCUUUGCCUUUCUCUCUUUUGUCCCCUCUGGGGGUAUCUCGCUGACAGACAUUCCAGAAAAUGGCUGCUCGUCUUCGGCACCACCGCCUGGGGGGUCAUCACGACUGCGCUCGGACUCGUCUCCGAGUUUUGGCAGGUUGCGCUGCUGAGAGCGCUAAACGGCGUAUUCCUGGGGAGUGUGGGCCCGGUGUCCCAGAGCAUAUUGGCGGACACUUCUCGUCGUCGGAGUCUUGGGUUUUCUUUCGGCCUCGUUCAGCUCUGCACCAGCAUGGGAAGGCUGGUCGGGGGUGUCGUCACGACUACUGUGGCCCAGAUACAAAUGGGAGCCCUUAAGGGCUGGCGCGCCUGUUUUAUCUGCGUGGGGGCCAUGAGCUGCUUGCUGGGAGUUGUUAUAUCUUUUGUCCUAGAGGAAAUUCCGCGCCGGCGAGUCUUGCGACCACGCAUGGAUGACUCGGGGGGCACGGGAUCGGUGAUGCAGUCUACGGACACCUGGAGCUCUUUUCUCAAGGAAGUCGUCACCAAGUCUCUUGCCACGCCUAGUGUCCUCAUUGUUCUUGUAGAGGGCUUGGUGGGGACAAUCCCCUGGUCGGCUUUCAGCUUCAAUACGAUGUUUUUUCAGUACUGCAAUAUGUCGGACCUCAAGGCGGCGUACAUCAUGGGAGCACUGCUGAUUGGCUCCGCGGCGGGUGGAGUCCUCGGCGGGCUUUUGGGGGACAAACUGUACGACUGGUCUCCUGGGCAUGGCAGGCCGCUUGUGGGUCAAUUCGCCAUGGCGGUGCGGGUACCCUUGCUGGUGGUGGCCUACGUGGUUGUUCCCAAAGAGGAGACCUCGUUUGCUGUGUUUAUGCUCUUGGCCCUCCUUGUUGGUCUGUCCUCCAUGGCGGGAGUAGCGGUCAACAGGCCCAUCCUUGCAGACGUUGUCCGCCCCAACCACAAAGCCACCGUGUUUGCUCUGACGGUGGCAGUGGAGGGGAGCGGUGCCGCUAUUCUGGGGGCGCCACUCGUGGGAUAUUUGGCGGAGCAUUCUUUUGGAUAUCUGCGCACAACUCUGCUGGUGGCUGAAAUGCCCGAACAGCUGCGGCUGGGAAACGCAAAUGCCUUGGCGUCUGCUCUUGCCUUUCUCACGGUCAUCCCCUGGUCCAUCUCCUUCCUGCUUUACGGACUCCUCCAUUUCACUUACGGACGGGACCAAGAGAGGAUCAGCGCAGUGCUCGAUGAGGAGUUUCGACAGGACGAGGAAGAUAAGGAGGAAUGGCAGAGGCGACGAUCACAGUCAAAGUCUACAGAGACAGAAACGGCCUUCUCAGCCGAUGCUGUUGCAGAUGGGUUCGUAGGUACUGAAGACAGCUCCAGUGACUCUCCGCUCCUUGAAAGAGUCUCUGCGAAGCAAGUCGGCCGGUUAGCAGCAGGCAUACAGCAGCAACAGCAGCAAAUCCCCGACUUACGUGGCCCCCCCGCUACACUAGCAGCUGGAGGGACACAUAGGGCCAUCUUGCUUCAUGCUUUGCUGAGUAGCGGCUGGUGCUAG